UGUGAUUGUGCUCCAGGUUUGUUUUGUUUUUUUUUAAGUUGCCGCUCUGCAGAAUCAUUUCAUUCCGCCUAAAAGAUGUUAGUGAGAGUCCAGCUUCUGCAAUGGGGUUCAAAAAAAAACUGGCCAUAGGCGUUGGUCUCCUUUUUCUGGCCGCUGGGAUCGUGGUUCUACCAGCAAUUGUCCUUUCUCCUCAAACGUCUCAGUUCAGGGAAACAUUCAUGCGGAAAUGUCAGGCUUUCCCAGAAACCAUCCAAAGAUGUGAACAGGUAUUAAAUACGUUUGAGGAAGCCUACGUCGGACAAGACCCGUGUAACUUUCCGGAGGAAGCGUACCGGCGGCUCUUUAUGGAGAACCCCUUCACACAUUCAUGUGACAAGACAAUGUUCUGGAGCGACACAAAAGAUCUGGUGCAUGGGUUCUGUAAGGAAAGGACUCAUUUUGUGUCCCUGGAGAACACGCUGCUAGGGAACAUCAUGGACGGCUUGACGUGGUGCGGAAAGAAGAACAGCAAAGACACUUUCUUCUACUUGUGUGAAAGGUGUAAGAACAACACCGUGUCUUCAUUCUGGGUCAGAGCCUCUUCAGAUUUUGCAGACUAUGCUUGUGGACAUGCCCAUGUUCUGCUAAACGGAGAGAUAAGCAAACCAUUUGAUCCCACCAGUUACUUUGGCGCUGUUGAAGUUAAGAACCUCAUCUUUCCCAGAGUGAACCGCCUGACUGUUGUUCUUGUUAUCAAGAAUAAUAAUGCAGCUUGUAGCCAUGAGUCUCUGAAGGAUUUACUAAACGUUCUGAGUCCAAACAUUCAUUACCGCUGCCAUUCAGUGACUCGAUCCAAGAUACUGGAGUGUAUAAAAACAGGAACAACCACUGAUGCCUGUUGGACUUAAAACUACAAGCUGUAAAACUACAAGCUUAACAACUUAAAUACAUGUAAAAAUUGUUUUAUUACCAUUUGUAAUUURUAUUUUAUAGGUUGUGUUUUGUGUUGCAAAGUAGCUUAUGAAAGUGGAUUUUGACACUUAUUCAAAUUAAACCAGAUUAUUCAAUGUA